AUGGAGAAGGAUUUUGCUUUUGCUCCCCCAGCUCAUUAUUUUCAAAAAUUUCCAAAUUUAUUCACCAAUGUAGUUAUUGACAUACUUCAUGCAAAAUUGAGAAUUGUUGGCUGUUUGUUAUCCCUUCAAAUUUCUAAGAUGACAGUGUCAGGAAUUAAAUCCCUCGAAGCUAAAAUUCAGAAAUUGAAGGGAAUGUCUCAAUUUCAAUUUAGAAAGAAACAACCUGCCACAACACUUGCUCUACAAGCGACAAAUGACAAAAUUGAAUUAGAAGUUCCUUAUAUGAAUGCAGAUCAAGCUGAUAUGAUUUUGUUAAAUUAUGAAUCAAUUAUGAUGGAAUCAUUAUCGGAUACCCAAUUUAAUGAUAAUGAUUUUAAAGUGUGGUCAUCACUUAGAUUCAUAAUAUAUCAUUACCUUGAAGCCAGUCAAGGGCUAUUGGAUUUGAAUUUUAAGAAAGAAGAAUUGAAAGAGUAUUUGAGUUUCACUAAAAAGGUUUUAAGAGAAGCCUUUCCAAAUGAUCAACUUGCUUACUAUAUUAAUAUUAUUUUGUAUCAUUUACCGGAUCUUUUGGAAAAGUAUGGAAGCUUAACAAAAUAUAUGAAUCAAGGAUGUGAAGCAUAUCAUUCCCUUGGUAGAAUGAUAGGUCAAAGAAAAUCAAAUCAUAAAGGUAAAUUCAAUUUACCUUCCUUUGCAGAAUCUAUUUUGCUUCCUACACGUACGUUAUACAUGUCCUCCAAGUUCAAAAAGAAAUGGCACGGAUUGAAAACAAAUCCUAAUAUGCAGAUUAGUUCAGAAUGGCAAACAACAUUGGCAACUUUAAAACAAGAUUUCGAGAAACUGAAAUCAUGUUCUGAAAGUUUGUCAGAUUUUAGUGAAGAAAAGAAAAAUUCUGUAUAUUGCCAUGUUCAAAAGAAUAUUUGGAAAAAAAUAGUUAUUGAGAACGAACCACCUGAAGCUGAUGAAUCAGAUUCAGAAGGCAAUAAGGAAGACAACAACAAAAUUAAGAAGAAUAAUACGAAAAGAAUGGAAAGAGAGAUUGUUAAAAUGGAAAGAAAGAAUACUCAUUUAAAGAAAAUGAUGAUUCAUAGAUUAAAUAUUGCCAAGAUUAAUGGAACCUUAAAUGAUAUUAAUUUGAGAAAAGAAAUUGGAUUAGAAGAAGAAGAAGAAAAUUAUGAUGAACAAGAUGAAAAUUAUGAUGAACAAGAUGAAAAUAUAGAAGAAGAUGAAGAAGUAUUUGAAAUAAUUAAAAUUAGAAAAAUUAGAAAAGAUAGAGAUGAACAAGUUGAAGAAGAAGAAGAAGAAUAUGAUGGAGAAGAAGAAGAAGAUGAAGAUAUUGUAAUUUAUGAUGAUAAAGAGGAUGAAGAAGAUGAAUUAGAAGAAUUUGAAGAAGAUGAAGAAGAUGAAAGAGUUGAAAUAAUUUAUAAUGAUAAUAAUGAUGAUGAUGAAGAAGAAGAAGAUGAAAAUGUAAAUAUUGUAAUAUAUGGAGAGGAAGAGAGUGAAGAAGAAGAAGAAGAAGAAAUAGUCAAGCCAAUAAGAAGAAAGAAUAAAAAAAGAAAAUAA